AUGCUUUCCUCCCCUCUCUUCCAGGACCACUGGUUUUGGCGGGUGAGGGAUAACUCGGUGACCGGAUAUCCCAUGCUCAUCAGCGUUUUCUGGAGAGGCCUGCCGCCCAAGAUCGACGCUGUCUACGAGAACAGCGAGGGAAAGUUUGUGUUCUUCAAAGGGAAGCAGUUCUGGGUGUUUAAGGACACCGUGUUGCAGUCCGGAUACCCCAAGGACAUCACCCAGUUUGGCCACGGCAUGCCGGCCCAGAGCAUCGAGACCGCCGUGUGGUGGGAGGACGUGGCCAAGACCUACUUCUUUAAAGGGGACAGGUACUGGCGCUACAACGAGGAAAUGAGAACCAUGGACCCCGGCUACCCGAAACCCAUCACGGUGUGGAGAGGUGUGCCUGACUCGCCGCAGGGGGCCUUCGUCGACAAAGCCAACGGUUUCACCUACUUCUACAAGGGGAAGGAGUACUGGAAGUUCAACAACCAGUUCCUGCGGGUGGAGCCGGGCUACCCACGCUCCAUCCUCAAGGACUUCAUGGGGUGCGAGCUGACGCCCAUCGACCCCGCCCGCCCGCCGGCCGACGACGGCGACUCGGACGUGGUGAUCGAGCUGGACAACGAGGCCAACACGGUGAAGGCGGUCGCCAUCGUCAUCCCCUGCGUGCUUGCGCUGUGCCUGCUGGUGCUGGUCUACACUGUGGUGCAGUUCAAGAGGAAGGGCACGCCGCGCCACAUACUGUACUGCAAACGCUCCAUGCAGGAGUGGGUCUGAAAUGGAAGGACGGGAGGGUGGGGUGGGGGCGGGGGUGGGAGGAGAGACUGGUGCCCCCAGGAUGACAGCCCCCACAUUCACAGAGGAGGACAGUGGACUCUGGACAUCUUUAGUACCACACACAGCCACGCCUCCUCUGUUCGGGCGAUCUGAUGGUUCAGACCCGUGCAAACAGUCAGACCGCCUGCCGGCGCCCCCGGACUUACAGUUGACUCCACUAACCCCCGGCCUUUUUAACAAACGGGGGACAGGGGGACAGUUUGUGGGGGACCUUUGCCUGAAACGACCUUCAGUCCCAGUCAAACAAAAAAAAAAGCGGGAGGGUUGGCAUCACUUUGUAUCUCAGACACUUGACUUCCUGUCCCCUUCCUGUUUUCUUUCUCUGUU